AGGGGAGGGAGGCGAGGAAGUACUUAGACAGGAGACGCAUCAUCUGUGCAGUGGUGAAAGCAACAUCUCCCGGUUGCAGUCCGACAGCGCAACAAACAGAAUUUUUUUUUUUUCCAAAAUUUGUUUCAGAACCUGUUGUUUUGUGACGCCGCGAUGUGGAUUUACAAGCUCAUUUUCGGACUCUUCAUCAUCUCUUGUUCUGAGGGCAGGAGAAAUGCGCUCCAGGACUACCAGAAGACUGAGGGUAUGCGACUGCUGGUCGGGUCUCCUGAUUCUUCCCACCUGACCAAAAGCAAGAAGGUGAGCAUGGCAAAGUGUGCCAGAGCCUGCAGCCGCAACAGAAGACUCCCCUUCACCUGCAGAGCGUUCCUCUAUGAUCAUAAAAACAGGAAAUGCCAAUGGCUGUCAUUCGACAGGAACUCACCAGGAGUCCAGAGUCAACAGGACUUCAACUACCAACUUUAUCAAAAGAAAGACUAUGUUAGGGAGUGCAUUGUAGGUACAGGUCAGAGCUACAGGGGGCGGAGGUCAGUGACAGUAAGUGGGAUCCUGUGCCAGGCCUGGGCCUCUCCUAUCCCUCAUGAACAUAAAUUCAUGUCCAAGAGGUUCAGGAAGAAGGACCUUAGAGAAAAUUACUGUCGCAACCCAGACAACUCCACCGUUGGCCCGUGGUGCUUUACCACUGACCCCCGGCCACACCUCAGACACCAGGAGUGCGGCAUACCACAGUGCUCACAGGUUGAGUGUAUCAACUGUAAUGGGGAAGAUUACAGAGGACCCAUGGACCACACAGAAAGUGGAAAGGAAUGCCAGCGUUGGGACCUGGAUGGACCACACAAACACCUGUACCACCCCAAGAGGUACCCUGACAAGGGCCUGGAUGAUAACUAUUGUAGAAACCCAGACGGACGCCACAGACCCUGGUGCUUCACCACGGACCCAAACACACCCUGGGAGUACUGCAACAUCAAAGUUUGUGAAACACCUUCUAAAAGUAAUGUGAUGGAAACAACUGAUUGCUACCAGGGCAGAGGAGAGGGUUAUAGGGGGACAGUAGAUGUGAUGCCUACCGGACUCACCUGCCAACGCUGGGACUCUCAGUAUCCCCAUAACCACACAUUCAUACCUGAAGCCUACCCCUGCAAAGACCUGAGAGAAAACUACUGUCGGAAUCCAGAUGGCCAAGAAUUACCCUGGUGCUUCACUACAGACCCAAGAGUACGCACAAUGUUCUGCACCAACAUCCCUCAAUGCGGCACCCAAAACAGGCUCAGUGGCUGCUAUGAAGGCUUUGGACAGGAUUACCAAGGAGAGCAGUCAAGGACUAGAUCAAACCUACCCUGCGCUCCCUGGAGAGACCACGGCAACAGUGACCUGGAGGGAAACUACUGCAGAAACCCUGAUAAAGACAAACAUGGUCCGUGGUGUCACACCAACAACUCUGCCAUUCCCUGGGACUACUGCCAUGUAAAACCAUGUGAUGCUUCACAAAACACUAUUCCACUGGGUGAGCUGUCAUCUGUGGCGUGUUUUGUCCAUAAGAAAACCAGGAUUGUGGGAGGAGAUCCAGUGGUAUCAGAUGGCAGCUGGAUGGUCAGCAUACAAAAAGGGGGGACGCACUGGUGUGGGGGUUCGUUAAUACGAGACGAGUGGGUACUCACUGACAGACAGUGCUUCUCCUCAUGUGUUCCUGACCUCAGUGAGUAUCGGGUGUGGCUGGGCGUCUCAGAUAUUCAAGAGGGUUCUCCCAACUCUUCCAUGAGACAGGAAGUCAGCAUAACUCAUGUGAUAUGUGGUCCAGAGGGCUCCAGUUUAGCACUCAUAAGGCUGUCUAAGCCUGCCCUCCCUGCAGACAACGUUCAUACAAUUCAGCUACCCGUGGAUGGGUGCUCCAUCCCAGAAGGAAGACUGUGUAAAAUGUAUGGAUGGGGAGAAACGAAAGGCACUGGCCAUGAUGACUUAUUAAAGGCGGUUGACCUGCCUAUUGUAAAUAAUGAGAGGUGCAGAGAGAUGCACAGAGGAAACCUCCACAUCACCAACACCAAGAUUUGUGCAGGUGGCAAGAGGAAUGAGGGAGUGUGUGAGAGGGAUUAUGGCGGCCCUCUUGUGUGUCAAGAUGGUGAGAUCAAGGUUAUUGUAGGAGUAAGUGUCCAUGGCAGAGGGUGUGCUCGAGCAAACCAGCCUGGCAUCUUCAUCAAUGUGCCCUUCUACACGCAGUGGAUCUACAAGGUCUUCAGAUAUUACCCCAACCCUGAGAUCAUCUAGAGACUCAUUUGGGAAUAAAACAGAACCAGGGAACUAAAUCAAACCUUGAGCCUCUACUUCUAUAAAUCCUGCGGUGCACUCAGGACACCUGGUUCAUAUCUACGUAGCCCACAAAUCAAUGAGAAUCUGAUCUGAGGAUGCACUCCUAAUAGAUGAAUGGAUGGGAAACACUGAACACAUCAUAAUCCGAUCUCAUACUGAUUCUGAUGAAGAGUCAUUGAUGCUAAUUAUGAAGAGUAAAAAAUUGAUACUGUUCAUAUCUUGUGACAAAGAAGGACAUUUCUGAUUGAGUUGGGAGCAGAUCAGGCAAAUAAACAUUUAGUUUCAUCCAUUUUUAACGGUUUUAUUGUGGUAGCAAAUCCACCACAGUGGUAUGUGUGCAUGUGAAUACUCUUGAUUCCUGGCAUUACUUGAAUGUUUUAAACACCAAAGAGCAGUGGUUCAGCAACUCCCUCUGUAGAGUACAUCAAUGGGCCACUUAAAAAACUAUCCAGUGGUAAGGCAAUGUUAAGGGCACUCUUGCCAAGCAUCUCCAGGGGCUUAAAUAAAGUGGUCCUUACUGUACAUAGUAUUUUAAUGAGUGUAUUUGUGACACUCUAAAGGUGAUUUGGGUCUUAUAGACCUAUAAUAAGAGAAAUGAAUGUUGUGGUAGACAGAUAAAUGUGCUAUCUAAAUUUCAGUUUUCAGUCAGCUGUAUGGAAAAGCCCAAAUAAACUCAAUUUAUAAUAUUUUUAAUUUUAUCACAAAGCCACUGACUGUAUAUAUGAACAUGCUUUUUGCAUUCUGUGUAGAUGAAAGGAAUGUAUGUCUGGUCAGCCUUUAUAGGUUUUGAAAAAAGCAGAAAAUGUAACGUUCAUGUGUACACACAAACUCUCUUAUGGAAUCUAAUAUUUCCUUUAACCUAUGUUAAUUCAUCGUGCAUGUGCAUCUGUUCGUUUUUUUUUCUUCUGCAGCAGUGUCGGUAUGCAAAAAGAAAACUGCAGAAGGAAAGACAGUGUGUGUGUGUGUGUGUGUGUGUGUGUGUGUGUGUGUGUGUGUGUGUGUGUGUGUGUGUGUGUGUGUGUGUUUGAGCUAGAGCUGAAUGAAUUAUCCUCUCCCCACACUCAGACGCUGGCAGACCACCAAAUCCAAUCCACUCUGGAUAUUAACGUCACAAAGUCUGUCACUUCAAACUUUGUCAUGGAGAAGAAGAGAUAGUCUUUGUAACUGCAUUGUCUGUAAUGGAUGUUUCACUGAGAUGACUGAAUGGCCCUUGAAACAAAUUAACACAUCUCUUUCAGCAGUGUAAAUGAUUGAAAUGGCUUUAUAUUAUAACUGCAUUAUGUUUGUAAGAGUGAGAAAAUGUUUCUGUGUGUAUGUUUGUGUGUGCGUGCGUGCGUGCGUGUGUGUACUGAAAGAUGCUGCAAGCUGCUAUACUCUACAGGUUGUACAGUGCUGUCUUAUGUUCUCUGUAUAAUGUACAUUCACUAUAAAUCUCUUGUCAUCUUAUUCAAUAUGCUAAAUGUUAAACACAAUUUUAGCAAUUUCAGCAUUUCCUAUUUGAAAUGUUUUAUGAUGUUUG